UAGUGUUGUGUUGUGCUCGGUUGGUUUUGUUUUCAUUCAUUCAUUCAUGUCAAUGUCAAGUUAGCAAGCUUUGGUGUUCUAUAAAGUGGCACUAAACAAUAAACAAAAACAGAAAUAAACUGAAAUCUAUCUCUAACUUACAAGUUUCUCAAAACCAGUACAAUGGGUGAGCGAUACAAUAUUCAUAGUCAGCUUGAGCAUCUUCAAAGCAAAUACAUCGGUACAGGACACGCAGACACUACGAAAUACGAGUGGUUAACGAACCAGCACAGAGAUUCAUGCUGCAGUUACAUGGGCCACCCGGAUUUGUUGAGUUACUUUGCUAUCGUCGAAAACGAGUCAAAAGCUAGAGUUAAGUUCAAUUUAAUGGAGAGGAUGCUUCAACCGUGCGGUCCUCCCCCAGAAAAGCCUGAGGAUUAAGAGUAUUUACGUAUUUAUUUGUAAGUUUUCUCUUGUAAGUGGUAAAUAAUUACUUUUGUGUGAUACAAAUUUGAUUCCAGAAGUUCUCAAUAAAGAUAAAGAAAUAGUCUUAA